AUGAGCUUAGAAACCUUGGAUUCUCCUGAUGCUGCUAUCAAGAUACCUCCAUAUCAGCUAAGGGAGAAGUGUCUCCUUCCUCUCCAGUUGGCUCUGGAAUCGAAGAGCAUGAAGCUGGCCCAACAGGCUCUAGCAGGCAUGCAGAAGCUGCUGUCUGAUGAGAGGUUUGUAUCCAUGGAAACAGACUCAGAUGAGAAACAGUUGCUUAAUCAGAUGCUGAAUGCCGUCAAAGUGACUCCUUCGCUCAAUGAAGACCUGCAGGUUGAAGUGAUGAAGGUCUUGCUCUGUAUAACAUAUACCUCCACGUUUGAGCUGAAUGGGAGUUCAGUGUUGAAGAUUGCUGAGGUUUGCAUUGAGACAUAUGUAUCUAGCUGUCACCAGCGGAGCAUUAACACCGCUGUGCGGGCAACCCUCAGCCAAAUGUUGAGUGACUUGACUUUACAGUUACGACAAAAGCAGGAAAAUAUGCCAAUUGAAAACCAUGACGCCUUGCAGAAAUUCAAGACUCAAGGUACUUCAGCUGGGUCUCUUUGUGAUGAUGUUGUAUCUGUCCUCACUGUGCUCUGUGAGAAGCUCCAGGCUGUCAUAAAUGACAAUCGGCAACUUCAGCUUCUUUACUUGGAGUGCAUCCUCUCCAUGUUAAACAGCUCCUCUCCGAGCAUGCACCAGCACAAAGGAUUCACUGAUCUAAUAUGGAAGCAACUGUGUCCAGCCCUAGUAGUAAUUCUGGGAAAUCCAAUCCAUGACAAAACUAUCACCUCUGCCCACAGCAGCAUCUGCCUUGAGGCUGAUUCACCUUCCUCAGGGAUCUCUGAUCAUGGCCGGGGUUCAGGUUGUUCCUCCACAGCACCUGCCCUUAGUGGGCCAGUUGCACGGACCAUAUAUUAUAUUGCAGCAGAACUGGUUCGACUGGUGGGGACAGUGGAAUCCAUGAAGCCUGUGCUGCAGUCUCUCUAUCACCGGAUACUGCUUUAUCCACCACCUCAGCACCGAGUAGAAGCCAUCAAAAUUAUGAAAGAGAUACUUGGCAGUCCUCAGCGGCUUUGUGAUUUGGCAGGGCCCUGCUCUUCUGAGUCAGAAUCCAGGAAGAGGUCUAUUUCUAAAAGGAAGUCCCAUCUGGAUCUUCUCAAACUUAUCAUGGACGGGAUGACAGAAGCGUGCAUCAAAGGUGGUAUUGAAGCAUGUUAUGCUUCAGUGUCCUGCGUCUUUGCCCUGCUUGGAGCAUUAGAUGAGCUGAGCCAAGGGAGGGGUCUUAGUGAAGAGCAGAUCCAGCUGCUGCUCCGGCGCUUAGAAGAAUUGAAGGAUGGGACCGAGACGAGCAGGGACUCCAUGGAGAUCAAUGAUGCCGACUUUAGGUGGCAGAGGCGCGUCCUGUCCUCAGAAAAUCCUGCCUGGGAAUCCGGAAAUGAGAAGAGUCCUGAUAUUAGCAUUAGCGUUACCACAGACACUGGUCAGACCACUUUGGAAGGGGAUAUGGGACAGACAACUCCAGAGGAUAACCCAGAAAGUCAAAAAAACUCACUGCCAUCUCCUGCUGGACACGAAAGCAAAGAGAUACGUUACAGAGAACCAGAGUCAGAAACCAUCGACCAGCCAGAUGUUGUCCAGAGAAGCCACACCAUAGUCUAUCCAGAUAUAACUAACUUCUUAUCAGUUGAUUGCAAGACCCGAUCCUAUGGAUCCAGAUACAGUGAAAGUAACUUCAGUGUAGAUGACCAGGAUCUUUCUAGGACUGAGUUUGAUUCAUGCGAUCAGUAUUCCAUGGCAGCAGAGAAGGACUCAGGCAGGUCAGAUGUCUCAGACAUAGGCUCUGACAAUUGCUCCCUGGCUGAUGAGGAGCAGAUGCCACGGGAUUGUCCAGGUCACAGGUCCUUACGUACUGCUGCUCUCUCUCUGAAAUUGCUGAAAAACCAAGAAGCAGACCAGCACAGUGCACGGCUGUUCAUCCAGUCACUUGAAGCUCUUCUUCCUCGGCUUAUAGCUCUUCCCAGCAUAGAGGAGGUGGAUGGAGCACUGCAGAGCUUCUCUUCAACCUUUUGCUCAGGUAUGAUGCACUCACCAGGAUUUGAGGGAAGCCUAAAUUUCAGCUUCCAGACUCUGAUGAAUGCAGAUAGUCUCUACAUGGUCUCACAUUACACUCUGCUGCUCAACCUAAAAUUGGCCAACUCGGAUUACUACAGGAAGAAGCCUGCCCAAGCCCCUGUGUUGCUGAAGGAGUUCAUGAAGCAGGUCCAGUCCAGUGGAGUGUUGAUGGUAUUUUCCCAGGCCUGGGUUGAAGAACUGUACCACCAAGUACUAGAAAGGAACAUGCUGGGGGAAGCUGGAUACUGGGGAAGCCCUGAAGAGCACAGCCUUCCACUUAUCACCAUGCUGACCGACAUCGAUGGCUUGGGAAGCAGUGCAAUUGGUGGCCAAUUGAUGGCAUCUCCUUCAGCUCAAUCUCCUCUUUCCCAAAACCGGAAGACAGAUGAUUCUGUUGUUGCAGGAGUUGCUUUUGCCCGAUACCUUUUAAUCGGCUGUUGGAAGAACUUGAUUGAUACUUUGUCCACACCACUGACUGGCCGCAUGGCAGGCAGCUCCAAGGGGCUGGCCUUCAUCUUGGGAGCAGAAGGAGCCAAGGAGCAGAACCAAAAGGAGAAGGACUCCAUCUGUGUGAGCCUGGACGGACUGAGGAGGGCAGCCCGGCUGAGCUGUGCUCUAGGAGUUGCUGCUAACUGUGCAUCUGCUCUUGCCCAAAUGGCUGCUGCCUCCUGUGUCCAAGAAGAGAAAGAGGAAAAAGAAAUCCAAGAGCCCAGUGAUACUAUAGCUCAAGUGAAACAGAAAGUGGAGCAGAAACUGGAGCAGAUGGGGAAAGUGCAAGGAGUCUGCCUGCACACUGCUCAUGUUUUGUGUAUGGAUGCAGUCCUUAACGUGGGCCUGGAGAUGGGAAGCCACAAUCAGGACUGUUGGCCUCAUGUGUUCAGGGUGUGCGAGUACAUCAGCACACUGGAGCACACCCACUUCAGUGACGGUGCUGCCCAGCCCUCCCUUACCAUCACCCAGUCACAGCAGGCACCUGGAGGGCUGCACCCAGACUCUGAGCCUGGGGAGUCUCCCCAGACACUGACCUCCGAGCAGGAGACCACCCUCAGCAGCAAUCCUGUCAUUCAGCCGGUUUCUAUCCAGGAACUCAUCAAAGAGAGCAGUAAGGGCAGAGCUUUUGACUUCCGUGGAGGCAGCCUGCUCUGUGGGACCAGUGCUGCUAAGGCUGUUCUCACACUCUCCACGCAAGCUGACAGGCUCUUUGAAGAUGCUGCUGACAAGUUAAACUUGAUGGCAUUAGCAGGCUUCCUUUACCAGCUCAAGAAGGCUUCUCAGGCCCAGCUUUUCCAUUCAGUCACAGAUACAGUUGAUUACUCCCUAGCAAUGCCAGGUGAAGUAAAAUCUACCCAGGACAGGAGAAGUGCACUUCACUUGUUCCGGCUUGGUGAUGCCAUGCUCAGAAUUGUAAGGAGUAAAUCUCGCCCGUUGCUCCACCUCAUGCGCUGCUGGAGCCUGGUGGCACCUCACCUUGUAGAGGCUGCCUGUCAUAAGGAGAGACACGUGUCUCGGAAAGCUGUCUCCUUCAUCCAUGACAUCCUCACUGAAGUGCUGACAGACUGGAAUGAGCCUUCUCAUUUUCACUUUAAUGAGGCACUUUUCCGCCCCUUUGAGCGUAUUAUGCAGCUAGAGCUGUGUGAUGAGGAUGUCCAAGACCAGGUGGUCACCUCUAUAGGAGAGUUGGUGGAAAUGUGUUCUACCCAGAUCCAGUCAGGAUGGAGACCCCUGUUCAGUGCCCUGGAAACAGUGCACAGCAGCAGCAAGUCAGAGGUUAAAGAGUACCUUGUAGGAGAAUACUCUGUGGGGAAACGCCAGGCUCCGGUGUUUGAUGUCUUUGAAGCAUUUCUAAACACAGACAGCAUCCAGGUCUUUGCCAAUGCCGCCACCAGUUAUAUUAUGUGCCUUAUGAAGUUUGUCAAAGGACUGGGGGAAAUAGAUUGCAAGGAGAUGGGUGACUGUGUGCCAGGAUCAGGAUCUGCAUCUACAGACUUGUGCCUUCCCGCGCUUCAUUACCUCAGGAGAUGUUCUCAGUUGUUAGCCAAAAUCUAUAAAAUGCCCUUGAAACCCAUCUUCCUCAGUGGCCGGAUGGUUAACUUGCCCCGAAGAGUGCAGGAACAGUCAGCCAGCAGUGAGGACGGUAUUGAGUGCAUCCUUUCUGACUGUGAUGACGACACUGGCCUUAUCAAUGUCUGGAUUAUUCUGCUGGAAGAAUUAACAACUGCCAUAUCCAACUGUCCCCGUCAGCACCAGCCUCCUACUUUGGAUCUGCUCUUUGAAUUGCUGAGGGAUGUUGCCAGGACACCUGGCCCAGGAUUUGGCAUUUAUGCAGUUGUACAUCUUCUUCUUCCCACGAUGUCUCUUUGGCUCCAUCGCAGCCAUGGUGACCAUUCUUACUGGGAUGUGGCAUCUGCUAAUUUCAAGCAUGCCAUUGGCCUUUCCUGUGAACUCGUAGUGGAGCACAUUCAAAAUUUCAUACACUCAGAUAUUGGUUAUGAAAAUAUGAUCAAUACUAUGCUGAAAGAUCUUUUCAAGUUGCUGGUAGCCUGUGUAGCAGAACCAACAGAAAUUAUUUCCAGAGUUGGCUGCUCUUGUAUCAGGUAUGUGUUAGUGACAGCAGGGCCUGUUUUUACUGAAGAGAUGUGGAGGCUUGCGUGUUGUGCCCUGCAGGAUGCGUUCUCUGCCACGCUGGAGCCAGUAAAGAACCUGUUGGGCUAUUUCCACAGUGGUUCUGAAAGCUUUAGUGGAGAUGCCUGUGAAGUGAAGGUGGCAGCCCCCUCCCUCUCGCCAAGUGCUGAAGCUGAAUACUGGAGAAUCAGAGCCAUGGCACAACAGGUCUUCAUGCUGGAGACUCAGUGCUCCCCAAAGACCCCUAGCAACAAGGAAGGGUUUGAACAUGCCCAGUCGUGCGUGCUCAUCAUUGACCUGCCACCAGAUAAGAAACCAAAUGGGCAUACCCAGAGAAGUAUUCCUUUCAGGACGAUAGUGGUGAGCUUGCUGUCCCACCAAGUACUGCUCCAGAAUUUAUAUGACAUCUUACUGGAAGAAUUUGUGAAAGGCCCUUCUAACUUGGAGGAGAAAAUGACAAUACAAGUACCAGAAAACAAGUUGGCUGGUUUCCUCAGGUACAUCUCCAUGCAAAACCUGGCUGUCAUCUUUGACUUACUGCUGGACUCCUACAGAACAGCCAGAGAGUUUGACACCAGACCUGGGUUGAAGUGUUUGCUGAAAAAAGUGUCUGGCAUUAGUGGAGCUGCCAACUUGUAUCGCCAGUCAGCAAUGAGCUUCAACAUCUACUUCCAUGCUUUGGUUUGUGCAAUCCUGACAAACCAGGAGAACAUUACUGCAGAGCAAGUGAAGAAGAUCCUCUUUGAAGAUGAUGAGAGAAGCACAGACUCGUCACAGCAGUGUUCUUCAGAAGAUGAAGACAUUUUUGAAGAAACCGCCCAGGUCAGUCCCCCACGAGGGAAGGAGAAGAGACAGUGGAGGGCUCGAAUACCAUCUCUGAGUGUACAGCCUGUCAGCAAUGCAGACUGGGGAUGGCUAAUCAAGCGGCUUCAUAAGCUCUGUAUGGAACUGUGCAACAACUAUAUUCAGAUGCAUCUGGACCUGGAGAAUAAUGUAGAGGAGCCUCCAGUGUUCAAAGGCGACCCUUUCUUCAUUUUACCAUCCUUUCACUCAGAAACCUCCACCCCAUCAACCGGAGGGCAAUCUGGGAAGGACACACCAUCGGAAGAUGACCGGAGUCAAAUCAGGGACCAACUGGGAGACAGCCUGACACCGCGAGGAGGGAGUGGAGAAAUGUUGCUGCUACCUCCACCUCUAAGUCCUAAACCAGAGAAAAAAGAGCAAACCAGGAAAAAAGAAUGGUGGGAGAGUGCUGGCAACAAGAUCUACACCAUAGCCACUGACAAAACUAUCUCCAAGCUCAUGACAGAAUACAAGAAGAGAAAGCAGCAACAGGCCAUGACAUCCUUCACCAAAGAGGUCAAAGUGGAAAAGAAAGGGGAGCUCCUGGGCUCAAGGGGGCCAGACUCGCCCAUACUCCAGCGGCCACAACAUCUUAUAGAUCAAGGUCAAAUGAGGCAUUCAUUCAGUGCUGGUCCAGAGAUCCUGAGACAAGAGAAGAGACCACGCUCAGGCUCCACAGUCAGUUCCCUGAAUAUAUCUGUUAGGGAUGCUGAGGCCCAGAUACAGGCAUGGACCAACAUGGUGCUGACAGUUCUCAACCAGAUUCAGGCCCUGCCAGACCAAACUUUCACAGCCCUGCAGCCAGCGGUGUUCCCCUGUAUCAGCCAGCUGACUUGCCACGUGACAGACAUCCGUGUCCGCCAGGCAGUACGGGAGUGGCUGGGAAGAGUGGGCCGAGUUUACGAUAUCAUCAUUUAAACCUAGCUGUGCUCUGUUGCAAAGGGGAGAAGACAUCCAAGGUAUACAGCAGAGAAGUAUUUGGGGUUCAUUAAAUGCCUGUUUGUUGGUGAUAAAUUAAGAAACACUGAGCUUGUCGAUGUAUAUCCUCUAUCCGCUUGAGACUGUGUCCCCCUCACUCACACUAGCAAAGGAGGCAAAGCGUGAGUGUGUCCAGGGGGGGUCUGGCAUGGCCCCAGGAUCCAGAAACUGCCAGUAAAUCAGGCUAGUACCUAAAGGGGUGAUACAUUUCAGUAGCCUUGAUCUUAAUUCAAAUUUGCAACAGUGGGAGCCACAUGAAACUGCAGCUUAACUUCCACACUUGCAAUUAGCUGUGAACGCAACUGUCAUCUGGAUGUCAAACCAGGCCCGUAAGCCUAUGU